GGAUCCUUGUGAGAGUAAAAAGCUGAUCCGUCGUGAGGGUGGACAAUGGGCCUGACCCUCCUCUCGAGUACCUUAGAGUGAACUGUCCCAGCUGUUUACCUGCAGACAGCUUUGAGGAGGACUUCCUGGACAACAUGGAUGACUUUGUGACGUUGGACGAGCUGCAGGAGGAGGAAGAUGAGGAAGAGGAGGAGGACACCACCGACAGCUCCAGGAAAGGGGGCAUGAGGGUGGUGAACAUCGUGGGCUUCAGGCGAGGUUAUAAGUUCAUGAGCGACCUUCUGGCCCUGGCAAAGCCGUUUGGGAAGGUGGUGAAACAUCUGGUGCUGGACCUCAGAUCUGAGGCCUCUCUUCAGUUUACCACAGAAGAAGAAGCUCGAGCUAUGGCUGCCUUCUACAGCUGUAAUGUGACAGCUUCUAUCUGUGGUCGACCAGUGAGAAUCAGCCAUUCAACGAGCUAUCCUACCAUCCAGUGUGGAUCCAGUAAAGUUGUUUACCUCGGUCAGAUCCCGAACAGUAAAUACUCGGACGGUGACGUCCUGAAACUGGCCGAACCGUACGGAAGAGUCCGGAAGUAUUUCCUCAACCGGCUGAAUAGAGAGGUACAGAACCAGAACCACUAGAACAGUGGUUCUCAAAGUGGGGGGUGCAGAGGCA